GGAUGGGAGGCGUGACUAGAGAUAAAGUUAUCAAAUCACGGUAAAGAUUCGUCACAAAAUAUAAACGAAUUUUCAAAUAGUAGUUCGUUAAAUUCUACUUGUGACGUACGUACGUGCUUUCUGUGUGAUUUGUUAAAAAUAUAAUGGAUACGUAUGAAAGUGUAUUACUUGUCAAGUCCGAAGUAUUUGUGUUUAAAAUACCGCCAAGGUCAACAAAUAGGGGUUAUCGAGCAGCUGAUUGGAAUCUCCAAGAGCCUUCAUGGACUGGGCGUAUGCGACUUGUAUCUCAGGGAGACUCAGUCACCAUAAAGCUGGAAGAUAAAGUUACUGGAGAAUUAUUUGCUAAAUGUCCAAUUGAACAAUAUCCAGGAAUUGCAGUUGAACCAGUCACAGAUUCUUCCCGUUAUUUUGUUCUAAGAAUUCAAGAUGAUAAUGGAAGAUCAGCUUUCAUUGGUGUGGGAUUUUUAGAUAGAUCUGAUAGUUUUGAUUUAAAUGUUGCCCUUCAAGAUCAUUUUAAAUGGCUUAAAAAUCAGGAACAAAUAGAAAAGGAGAAAGAUAAACCAAAACAAGAAUUGGAUCUCAGAUUUAAAGAAGGAGAAACAAUAAAAAUAAAUAUGAAAAUUACUAAAAAGGAUGGUAGCGAAGUUUCUUCUAAAUCAAAGCAACGUGGCAAUACAAAUAUGGGUUUACCUCCUCCACCAGGUGGUGUGAAAAUUGCACCACCACCUGCUAAAACUCCAACUUCAUCACCUGCCCAUAAACCUGUUCAGAACCAAAAUCAAACAAGUUCUGAGUGGGGAGAAUUUGCUAGUGCAUCGCAACAAUCUGGAACUCAACCACCGACACCAGCAACAGUAGGAAAUGCUAGUUGGGUUCAAUUUUAACUUACAAGGUGUAUUAAAAUUUAAUAUAGAUAUGCUAUAGAUUAAUAGGCUAUACAUUCGUAAUUUUUAUGUCCACUGCACACAUGUAUGCUAAUAUACAUCUCUAUACCUACAUGUGUGCACAUAAGUAUCUUUUAAGGGUAAGUAUUGACAAAGAUGUUUCUACAUAUACAUACACACACACACAGAGCAAAUUACAAUCCUUUUCUUUCUUUAAAUAGAUCAUACAUAAAACGUGUAUAAUAUUCAUGUUUUGUAUGUAAAUAGUAACCAGAUAAGUUUAUUACCUUGUACAGAGUAGUCUUUAAAAGAUGAAAUACCUUGAAUAAUAAAAAUUCAACAAAUCUGUGCUAUUCAAACAUAACAUUUUUAGGAUAAGUUCGGUAUUAAACAAAAAAUACAGUAAAAUAAAUCCUAGUAUUUAGACACAUUCUUUGUUAAAACCCUUAAAAGAUUAUAAACUGAAUUAUGGCAUAUAUUGUCUUAAUUAGUAUUAUUUUUGGUGUUUGUACAUAAAACAAAAAUUAAAGUUGUUAAUGCAAAUGUAAGGCCUAACUUUCUGAAUGUAUUAAGUUUUUAAAUUAUAUUUAGAGUUUGCAGCAAUGCAUUGAAGAAACAGUUUGUCAUUAAGCAUAGGGUAUUUACACUUUACUUUCUAAUUUUUUAAGAAAUCGUUUAAGAAUUUAUUUUACAUUAACAUAAAUUUUAGUUAAAUAUUUUGCUGUUUAACUAAAAUUUAGGCAGUACUUGUAAAAAGUACAUAACAAAAAAGUUGAUUAAAAAUACAUAGACAAAGCACUGUUCUUUCAAGUUUAAAGAUAUUAUUAAAUCAAAGUUAAGGGAAUUCAUUAAUCUAUAUUGAAGUAGCGGGAAACAAAUUUGUUACAUAUCUCCAGUCGCAAAAAUGAGGGAUGUUGUUUUGUGUACAUAUUAAAAAAUAUCUAAACCUUAAGUAUGUAACUGUAAAUUAUUUAAAAAUAUAAAAUUAGAUCUUGUGAAUAGAAUAUAUAAGUAAUUAUUUAUAUACUCUAGUGUCACUGUAAAUGAUGUUGAGUAUACUGUAAAUGAUGUUGAAAAAAUGUUGUUAAUAAUAUCUAUGUUAAUACUUAAUAUAACAACACAAAUAUCUUGUAAUUCCACAGAUUACAUUCCGUUUUUAAUUAAAAAUGUAUUACAUAUAUA